CUCUCUAUAUCUAUCUAUAUAACUCUCGUUGAGUUUCUUUCUGGUUCUGGGUACUGCAAAGAAGUUGCAUGUUCAGUAUGUCUAAAGUAUAUCCGGCUGAGAACAAACAUAAUGGUUUGAUGAUGUCGAAAGAGAAAGUAGUGGAGGUGGAAGAAGAUGUAGUACGACGUCGUCCGUGUAUGCUGACUGUAUGGAAGAGAUCAAGCAUGAGUUUCCAAGGGACCGACGGAUUCACAGUGUUUGAUCACCAUGGGAGAUUGGUUUUCAGAGUUGAUAAUUAUUCAAGGAAUAAAGCCGCUGGUCUCGUUCUCAUGGACGGAGCUGGGAAUGGUUUGCUAUGUUUGAAACCCCAGAUGUUAAGCAUGCAAUACCAGUGGAACGCAUACAGAGAAGAAGAAGAAGAAGAAGACGACCAUGGAAAGAGGUCUAGAGUGUUCUCAAUGAUGAGAAGGUCGCCGGUGUUCUUCCACAACGGCAAAGAUCAAGCGGACGUUUACAUGGGAGGGAAUAAACAAGCUCAGUCGAAUAGACCGGAUUUCACAAUCGAGGGUUCUUUCAGGACUCGAAAUUGCAAGAUCAAGAAUGCAAAUGGAGAAGUGGUGGCGAAGAUCUCUCGAAAGAGAGUCAACUCAACGAUUUUACUAAGCGACGAUGUCUUCAACCUGGUAGUUCAGCCUGGUUUUCCCACUCAUUUAGUUAUGGCGUUUGUAAUAGUAUUGGAUCGCAUAUGCAGCAAGCCAUUUGCUCCAGUUUUGUGUUCUUAAUUGAGACUAAAUUCUUCCCUUUCCUUGUACAAAUUAUAGUUUCAUAAUAAGUUCAUUUAUACCAAAAUUUUCAUUAUCCCCCCCA